CACGGUCUCACACCGCCCAAAUGCACCCGAAGCCACCAACCACUGACAAGCUGUGCAAUGCCGCCACUGUUAAUCCGCGAAACUGAAAUCCCAUCAACCAACAAAAAUACAAAAAAACAAAAAUUGAAUUCUUUGACCGCCCAAUUUCCCGGCUGUCCUAUAUGCUUUUAGCUCAAAAUAAAGUAACUCUUCUUCUCCUUUUCUAUUUGACUAAAUGCCACAAGGAAAUGUUGAAGCUUAUGCGAAAUAAAGUGGGUUGAAUUAAUUUUUUUUUUCUCCCUUCGUAAUGUCUACAGAGGAUGUAGUUCCUAAGACGUUCCACGCUUUGGUGGAAAGAGCCGAACGGAAAUUCGCCCGGGUUCGUGAUAUUCCACUGCAUCCGUACGGUGGCAGUGGCCUGGAAAAUGGCCACUUCUUCCACAAAGUGUUUAAGGCUUACAUGCGGCUCUGGAAGUACCAGCAGAGGAACCGGGAUAAAUUGGUGGAGUCGGGGCUUCGCCGUUGGGAAAUUGGGGAGAUCUCAUCUCGGAUUGGCCAGCUCUACUUCAGCCAGUACCUGAGGACAAGCGAGGCUCGGUUCCUCUUCGAAUCGUACAUAUUUUAUGAGGCCAUUUUUAACAGGAAAUAUUUCGAGGGUUCGAGCAGGGAUCGUGGGGUUAGGUUCAAGGAGUUGAGAUUUUACGCGAGGUUUUUGAUGGUUUCUUUGAUCUUGAACCAUAAAGAAAUGGUGAAGUUGCUUGUGGAAAAGUUUACAGAACUUGUUGAAGACAGUAAAGCCAAUUUUCGGGGAACCAACUUCAAAGAAUGGAAGCUGGUGGUGCAAGAAAUUGUUCAAUUUACAAAAGCUGAUACAGCCAUCUUGAACAUUAAGCCUCUGCGUUACUGUGCCAUGUUUGAUUCCUAUCCAGCCUCACUAUCAUAUGUUUCCAGAUUCCAUGCUAAGAGACUUUUAAAAUUCCAAGAUGCUGUGCUGACAAGCUAUCACAAAACUGAGGUAAAAUUUGCAGAACUGACUUUAGACACUUUCAGAAUGCUACAAUGUUUGGAAUGGGAACCUAGUGGAUCCUUCUAUCAGAAGCAUCCUGUUGAAUCAAGAGAGAAUGGUAAUAUGUCCGAUCAUUCAGUUGUUUCGGGACUGAUAGACAUCAAUUUGGCAGCAGAUAUGUUAGAUCCAACUUUGCCAUCAAAUCCUAAAAAAGCUGUUCUCUAUCGUCCGUCAACGACACAGUUGAUAUCUGUGAUUGCCACAGUUUGUGAGGGACUUCCUCUUGAUAGUGUUAUGCUAAUAUACUUGUCAGCCCCAGGAGACGCUGGUACGGAUAAUACUUCAGAAAUCAAAAGCUCUGGUGUAUCAAGCAAGUGUGCCAGGUCCAAUGCUCCUUAUAAUCAUCAUGAGCAGAACAAUGGUUUGUGUCAAAAUCAUGUCACUAUGAAUGGAGACUCAAGUCAGUGUUUUCAGAAUUAUUUGUGGUUAGGUCCCAGCAAAAAUGGAGGUUCAAAUUUCCUCUAUCCUGGCGAUAUAAUUCCUUUUACCAGAAGACCUACUUUUAUGAUUAUAGAUAGUGAUAACAGCCAUGCAUUCAAGGUUCUACAUGGAGCAGAAAGGGGUGAACCUGCUGCUUUGUUUCUUUCUCCUCAAAGGCCUUCAUUCAAGGAUCCAAGUGACGCUGAUAUGGCACAAAAUGGAAGUCAGUUCACUUUCUUCUUGACCGUUCCUUUACAGGCUUUCUGCCAACUGGUUGGUUUCAACUUGUCUAACGAUGUCCUGGACAUGUACAAUGAUUUGGAGAGUAUUAUCUCUGCUGCCUUCUCCGAGUGGGAGAAGAUCCUUUGUACUUCAACUACCCUGGAUCUGGUUUGGGCUCAACUGUUAUCGGAUCCAUUUCUACGGCGGCUUAUUCUUAGAUUUAUUUUUUGCCGGGCUGUUCUUACUCUCUUUCGCUUGCGAGAAAGUGGCCAUCAAUAUUUGCCCGUUUGCAUACCUGAACUUCCCAGUAUCGUGUCUCCCAAGUCUGAAGCUGUACAGUCUUCUAUUAUCCGACUUGUGAAUCAUCUAGAGGUUGCAGACUGUUUUAGUUUUCAUGAAUAAUAGCUGAGGACCAGAAAUUAUGUAGCCAAUGUCCGAAUCAUAAUUUGCAACCUCUAAUUUCCAUUGUUUAAUAGUGAGUAUUAAACAAGAUACUCGCGGUACAUAUGGAAUCAGCAGUUGAUUAGUUGAAGUUUACACAAGGAAUUCUUCGGUGAUUGUUGAUCUCGGUUUCAUUAAUCCUGUGACACUACUCUGUCUUCUCUAUAUUUAUGUAACUUUCACCUUCUUAGUGGUUAUUUAUUGAUAUAGUGUGUUCUUGAUGCUUAAAGCCUCAGCAAUGGGCAAACUGGUUUAUUAGCUGAUUUUCAUUCAUGUUGUUUUCGUUGUUUAAUGAGUUACGUCUAAUUUGUUCAUACCUUUUGUAAAACAGAAUCUAAUAGCUGAAUGAGUUUCGCUCAUGAUAGGUUGAUAUUAUA